CCGGACCCCAGCUCUCUAUAAAAGGCAGGAGCAAGGGGCGCCCGCCAGCGACGAGUUCAGCACCAUGGAGAGUCCCCGCCUGCGGCUGCUGCCCCUGCUGGGCGCCGCCCUGCUGCUGCUGCUACCUCUGUUGGGCGCCGGUGCCCAGGAGGACUCGGAGCUCCAGCCCCGAGCCCUGGACAUCUACUCCGCCGUGGAGGACGCCUCCCACGAGAAGGAGCUGAUCGAGGCGCUGCAGGAAGUGUUGAAGAAGCUCAAGAGUAAACGAAUUCCCAUCUACGAGAAGAAGUACGGCCAGGUCCCCAUGUGUGACGCCGGUGAGCAGUGCGCGGUGCGCAAGGGAGCCCGAAUUGGCAAACUGUGCGACUGUCCCCGAGGGACCUCCUGCAAUUCCUUCCUCCUGAAGUGCUUGUGAGGGGGCAUCCGCGAACCUGAACCCAUCCCUAACCCCCAGACCACCCAAGAGGACCACACCUUCCUCCCUGGAGUUUGGCUUUAGUGACAAAUAAAGUUUGCGUUUCCCUCUAGGGGCAAGAGGCUCUUUUCCUGCUGUUUCCAAAAAUAAAAGAACACAUUAGAUGUUACUGUGCGAAGGAUAAUGCUUUGUCUGGUGUGGCUGCGUGUGCAAAGUACCCUUUUCUUCUUUUAUUUGUCUGGGAAACUCUUGUGUCCUGUUGUGUAAAGAAGGAGAACUUUGCUUUGAAAACUGUAUUUUUGUAUGUGGCAUGGCAGCAUGAAAAUUAGGUCUAGUUAAUCUUGGUAGAUGACAUCACCACCCGGAAACCAAAUCACCCCAGCAACACAAAAUGAAGCAUGUACAAAUUAUACAUAAUAAAGUGUUUUUAAUAA